AUGGAUGUCCCUCGCGGCUCCAGAAGAGCGCGCCAUGCAGCUUCAGCAGCCUCCAGCCAAGAGGCUUCGCUGCAGGCUCAGGCCCAGCUCGAGCUCGAGGCCGCGACGCAGCAUCGCCGCACCCGCCGCCAGGCGCUGCAGGUCCAGGUGACGCCGGACGCCUCCAUCGCCGUGGCAGCUGGCAUGCAUGUGCACCAGGCGCCGGAAUUUGGGCACAGGAGGCGCGAGAUGGAACCGCCGCCGAAUCCAUUCAGACUGCAUAGAUCCACGCGGAGAAACACCAACAACCGUCUCAGUCUGCAGUUCGACAGCGAUGGCUCUGGCUCCGGCUCUGGCACUGAAUCAGAGCCAGAUCUCAGCCAUCUCGGAAUGACGAGGCGAGGCAUGACAGCCGUUCUAGAACAGCAAGCCGACCAGAUGACGUAUGACGAUGAUGCCAUGUCUCAAGGCCAAUACGAUGCGGAGGAAGCAAGCCUUGACGAGAAUCUAGACGAGAAUGUCGAUGAUAACGACGACGACAAUGUUGAUGAGCAAGUUGAAGGGGAACAGGAGCCCCUGGCAAUGAUGGACCCCGUUGUCUUUGGCCUCAAGGAGAUUUCCAACUUGGGAAAGUUUACCGUGAGCAGCCACAAGCCGGGCAAUGGUGUUGAGCAGCUUCGUAGUGAUGACUUGACCUCAUACUGGCAAUCGGAUGGCCCGCAGCCGCACAAGCUCACCAUAUACUUUGUCAAGAGAGUGGGUAUCCGAGACAUUCGCUUUUAUGUCAACUACAACGAGGAUGAAUCCUACACUCCCACCAAGAUUAUAUUCAAGUCGGGCACCAGCGAGAACAAUCUUAUCCAGUUUGCUGCCAUGAACCUCGCGAGCCCGGUGGGCUGGCAGCAAGUGCCUCUCGCAGGCGUUGGCGGCGAGCCAGACGGCAACACACUCGUGUCUUGGGUGCUGCAGAUGCAGAUCCUAGAGAACCAUCAAAAUGGCAAAGACACACACCUACGUGGUAUAAAAAUCUACGCCUUUGAUGCAGACGCCGUUCAACCUAGUGAGGCUGAGAACUCUCGUAUGGAUGAUCCCCUGGAUACAAUGGAUGUUGCGGAGACUCUUGCGGCUGCUAGCACUCCCAGACUGGACGAGAUUGCGCAGACGCUGGCUGCGGCGCGGCUUGAGGGUGGUGAUUCUGGUUUUACCCUCCCAGACUUCAUGCGGGAUGCAGAGAUUCGAUAA